CUGAAUUUUGUUGUGAAUUUUCUUAUCGAGGUAAUGGGAAGAUGUGCACCACCAAUGGGAACAAAACCCCACAGAGAAUGCAUUUUUUUUAUCAUUACUCCAGCCAGGACAAGGUAGUGUGUUCUGUACAAUGGAUAAAAAUUAGCUGAAUGACCAAAACUAUGAAGGGUGAGAUGAGGAGUUUAAAAAGAGCAGAGUUACUUGAGACCUUAGGUGGAAGAAUAAUGACGUUCAGUUGAUAUGUAGCUUGCUGAUUGCAGAGCGAUCAGAUUCCAACACUUGUGUUUUCAGGAAAGAAGAAAGAGAAAGCAGGAAGAAGAGGACAGAGCUGGCUACCCGAGAUUCCUCUGGGUACCAGCCAGUCUGGUGAGUUUCCUUUCUCUCCAGGGAGGAUGAUACUGUUUCAGGUGUUUCUGAACUGGCCCCAGUCUCAUGUCCAUGUGCCUCUCUGCAGUCUGAGUUACCGCUAUUCUGCCACCUCUUGUCUCCCAUUGGCAAUGGUCAGACAUGCUCUGUUGGCCGAGCUGUAAAAGUUGCAUCUGGGCGCAGCCCUCGUGGAAGCUGGAAUUUCCCACGCUGGACAGUCUAAUGCCUGUAGCAAGACCUUGGGAGGAAACAUGACCCUCUAGCCUUUCCAAGGCCAGGGCAAGCUUUUGGGAUGGCAGCCCAGAGGAUUCGUGCUGCCAACUCCAGUGGCCUCCCACGGUGCAAGUCCGAGGGGACGCUGAUCGACCUCAGCGAAGGGUUUUCGGAAACCAGCUUUAGCGAUGUCAAAGUGCCUUCUCCUAGUGCCUUGCUGGUAGACAAUCCCACACCUUUUGGAAAUGCCAAGGAAGUUGUAGCAAUCAAAGACUACUGCCCAACUAACUUCACCACCUUAAAGUUCUCCAAGGGUGACCACCUCUAUGUCUUGGAUACCUCGGGAGGCGAGUGGUGGUAUGCUCACAAUACGACGGAAAUGGGUUACAUACCUUCCUCCUACGUCCAGCCUGUAAACUACCGCAACUCUUCCUUCACUGACAGCGGCAUGAUAGACAAUCUGCUCGAAAGCCCUGAUGAAGGAGUCCGAGAACUGGAUCUCCUUGGAGAGUGGACUGAUGUCAAGAGAAACUCUUCCAAUGCCUACAGUAACAACCCUUUCUUCAAUGGGGUCCAAACAAACCCGUUUCUGAAUGGGAACUUGCAAACUGCACCCAGCUUAGACAAAGAGUGCACCCCCCAAACCACUGUGGACUUACUGCUGUUUGAGACGGCAGCUCCUCUAUUUACGGGGGCCAGUUCCACAACGCACACCAGUGUAGGCAACAUCUUGGAUGAACUUUCAUCCACAAAUGGAUUGGUGUUCGAGCCACCUGUUCGGCGAGACAACCCCUUCUUCAGAAGCAAACGCUCGUACAGUUUGUCAGAGCUGUCAGUUCUUCAAGCUAAAUCAGAAAUGCCAGCCUCGUCGGGGUUUUUUACCGGGCUCAAGUCCCCUACCCCGGAGCAGUUCCAGAGCAGAGAAGAUUUUAGAACUGCCUGGCUGAGCCACAGGAAGCUGGCACGGUCGUGCCACGACUUGGACUUGCUUGGCCAGAGCCCGGGCUGGGGUCAGACGCAACCUGUGGAGACCAACAUUGUCUGCAAGCUGGAUAGCUCUGGUGGAGCAGUUCAGCUCCCAGAUACCAACAUCAGCAUCCACGUGCCAGAGGGACAUGUCUCACCCGGGGAAACGCAGCAGAUCGCCAUGAAAGCCCUGUUAGACCCUCCCCUGGAGCUCAACAGUGACAAAUGCAGCACCAUAAGCCCCGUGCUAGAGAUUAAACUGAGCAACAUGGAGGUGAAAACGUCCAUCAUGUUGGAGGUGAAAGUGUCAGCAGAGGUCAAGAAUGACCUGGUGAGCAAGAGCCUGGUGGGAUUACAGUGCCUGCGGAGCGACACCAAGGAAGGACCCUAUACACCAAUGAAACUCAGCUAUUCCUAUGGAGACACGAUUCAGGUGCAGUUGGAUAACCUGGAACCUUGUAUGUACGUGGCUGUUGUAGCCCAAGGACAGAAUGUCGUCUACCCGUGCACUGUCUGGGACUAUAUCAGUAAAAAGAUCACCGUGGGGGUCUAUGGCCCCAAACACAUCCAUCCUUCUUUUAAAACCAUUGUGGCUAUUUUCGGACAUGAGUGUGCGCCAAAGACUCUCCUAGUGACCGAGGUGACGCGGCAAAUCCACGGUGUGGCGCCUGUGGCCUUGCAGCUGUGGGGCAAGCACCAGUUCUCUCUGUCCCGACCGCAGGACCUGAAACUCUGCAUGUUUUCCAAUAUGUCUAAUUAUGAGGUGAAAGCCAGCGAGCAAGCCAAAAUCGUCCGAGGCUUCCAGAUGAAGCUGGGGAAGGUCAGCCGCCUCAUCUUCCCCAUCGUGUCCCAUGACUUCAACGAGCUCUCAGAUUUCACAUUAAGGAUACAGGUCAAGGAUGACGAGGAUGCCAUACUGACCCAGUUCUGCGUGCAAACGCCACAGCCACCUCCAAAAAGUGCCAUCAAGUCCACUGGGCAAAGAAGGUUCCUCAAGAAGAAUGAGGUUGGGAAGAUCAUUCUGUCCUCCCUGGCUGCCACUAGCAAAUAUCCUGUCUUUCAGGAGCGGCCGGUGGCAAGCCUGAAGUAUGGCAAACUGCUUAAAACCGUGGUGCGCCAAAGCAAGAACCAUUACUUGCUGGAGUACAAGAAAGGAGACGUCAUUGCGCUGCUCAGUGAAGAGAAGAUCAAACUGAAAGGCCAGUUGUGGACAAAGGAAUGGUACAUUGGCUACUACCAAGGGAAAAUUGGCCUUGUUCAUGCCAAAAACGUGCUAGUGGUUGGGAAGGUCAGGCCUAGCUAUUUUUCUGGACCUGAUCUCACCACCAGCACAUUGCUUGAGCAAAUCCUGAGGCCGUGCAAGUUUCUGACCUACAUCUAUGCCUCGGUUAGGACUCUGCUUAUGGAGAACAUCAGCAGCUGGCGCUCGUUCGCAGACGCUUUAGGAUAUGCGAACUUGCCACUCACUUUCUUCUGUCGAGCAGAGCUGGACAGUGAGUCGGAACGGGUUGCCUCAGUGCUGGAGAAGCUGAAGGAAGACUGCAAUAAUACGGAAAACAAGGAGAGGAAAUCUUUCCAGAAGGAGCUCAUGGCGGCCCUGCUGAAAAUGGACUGCCAGGGGCUGGUGGUGAGGCUCAUUCAGGACUUUGUGCUCCUGACCACAGCGGUGGAAGUGGCGCAGCGCUGGAGGGAGCUGGCAGAGAAACUAGCCAAGGUCUCCAAGCAGCAGAUGGACGCCUAUGAAGCCCCCCACCGAGACAAGACUGGAGUGGUGGACAGUGAGGCCAUGUGGAAACCGGCGUAUGACUUCCUGCUAACCUGGAGCAGCCAGAUUGGAGACAGCUACCGGGAUGUCAUCCAGGAGCUGCACACAGGGCUGGAUAAGAUGAAGAGCCCCAUCACCAAGCGCUGGAAGCAUCUAACCGGGACCCUGAUCCUAGUCAAUUCCUUGGACAUUCUCCGGGCAGCUGCCUUCAGCCCUCCAGAGCAUGAAGAUUUUGCCAUCUGAUGGCAGGAAUUCCUGGCAGGUUUUAACUCUUCCUGAUUUUUAGCAGAGGACAAGAAGUGGGAGGGAGCUGACAGUUUUGGAAGACCAAAGUUUGAAGGUUCGCACUGGGACUGGAAUCGCACACUGAAGUGGAUCCUCUUUCGAACAUUCUCCCUUGUGUUGAAAGAAUCAAAGCUGGCUUUCUCUGCUGGGGGCUGAUACGAGUUCUACAGCUUUCUAUUUGUGAAUUUUAACCAUUGGGGAGGGAGACCUCGCACAUUUUUAGGCAUUUGCAAAUAAAUAUUUACUUUUUUAAUGAGAAGCGAAGGUUGAAACCACUUUGGGAGAGUUGUUGAAUUUUUAAAUUGCGGAGAAACUUUUUUUUAAAAUGAUCACUUCUAAAAUUUACCAUGAGUCAUGUAAAUAUGUAUUUAAAACAAAGCACAGUGUGAAUCUCUCCUUUCCCUUCUCUCAACCUCCCCUACCCCUUGAGGCUUUUGACUGUCUAUAGCGAGACUCUAAGAUCACUGUUUUAUAUUCAACAUUGCAGAAACUCUGAACCUCCUAGUGCCCUGAGAAAGUGUUACAAAGAGAAGCGGUUGUACUGUUUUUGUUCCAAUAGCUUUCUGUGAUCUGGAUUUUUAUAUAUACACCUUUUCUAAUGUCUAGAUCUGGCAAUACACAAUGUACCACUUCAGUUUUGAA